AUGCCCAAUUUCCUCAAAGAGUUGCGCCGAAAGAGCAGAUCUAGCUUCAAGGCAGAGAAGCCUGACACCAACGGCUCGACCGACGGCAGCAGCUCGAGCAAUGGCAGCAAUGGCGCAAACGGAAGAUACCCACCCAACAACCAGUCUUCCUCAACGCUCACCUCCAAUCUCGGAUCCACGACACCGCCUAGCACUUUACCGUCGCAGAACUCGGAAACCAACCUGAAGUCGAGUGGCAGUGCGUCCCCGGUUCGGCCUAUGGUCAGUACGAAACGCUACAGCAUAAACGGCACGGCAAGUUCCCCGACUACCGCCAACGGCCUUCAGAGACCUUUCUCGGGCACAUCGGCAUUCGCGCCCUGUGUAACAUCGGUUUCCGAAAACUCCUGGGUGAAUCAGAAGGUGCUGCUCAUACGCGGGCGUAUCGGCGAACCAACCCUCAAGCUGCUAGACGGCACCGUCACGAUUUAUCACCACCAUGAUAGCUUUCCACCCACUCAGUGGCCAGUAUGCGACUCCCAUUUCAAAGCCUUGGUCCACCUCCAACCUGGGCCAAAUCGACUACGCCUCGAGUUCAACUCUACCAAGCUGUCUAGCGGCAGCUCCGGACAUUCUUCCAUGUUGCAACUUAACUAUCUGCCUCUGACAUCCGUACCGCCAUUGCAACUCGCAAUAAUACUAGCAAAGGAUUCGCCGGAGACCUACGAUGCUGUCCCGGACCGAAUCCAGAGGGAAGGCAACAAUUUGCACACCGCUGUGCGAAAGUUCCGGAUGGCUGCGUACCUGUGGCAAGCGUUCACAGGAGAGCAGAUGAACCGCCAUGGCUUCGGCCGGCGAUGCUUCCGAUACGAAGAAGAAUGGACUCAGGGCACGCUUACCUACCACGAUUCACAAUCCGGACAGAUGAGGAACGAGGCUAAGAUCCACAUCAUCCGCAGCGACAAAACUGUCGAGGAGAUACGGAACCUUGAUCUGGCGCAGCAGUAUGAAAAGGCGCAGAAGAAAGGCGAUUUGUAUGGCAUUGCGAUGGAGUCUGUCAAGAACUACUUUCGCCCGCGGCCAGGACAGAAGCUUUACGUUUCCUGCAUGUUCCUGGACACCCACUGGGACUCCCAAGUCGGCACUGUGAGAGGUCAUGCGGCGCUGGGUGGUGGCGACGGCACUGUUCAACUUGCAAUCUUUGGGUCUCACGCGCUGCAGAGCUAUCCCGCCAGCAUCGAGGAAGUUGUGCCAGCCUUCACCGACUGCACACGGACUGACACAAAGCACGUAGCGAACGACUGCAACGAGUCGGGCAGCAAUUGGGAGGCAGCCAACAUCGGCAUCGGUGCGCAUUUGCAUGAGACCGGACACUUGUUCGGCUGUCCUCAUCAAGAAUCCGGUGUGAUGCUUCGGGACUAUGUCAGGCUGAAUCGUACUUUCAGCAUCAAUGAACCGUACUCUACCAGGACGAAGUCGCAAGGCCAGCGCGUGCUUAAGCAAGAAGACGAGUGCACGUGGCAUCGGCUUGACUGUCUUCGUUUCCGCUACCACCCAUGCUUCCGCCAACCCGUCGAUUCACCUAGUUCUUCGGAUGACAGCAUCCAGGUCUGGUCGGUAGGCAACAACCAGGUCCUCGUGACUGCAGCGUCAGGCAUCGCAUAUAUAGAGCUCUACCCAGAAGGGGACGAUGUGUGCCACUACUGGCUAGAGUAUCCCGUACCCAGUGCCAACGGCGGCCCGCUCAGGCAAGUCACUCUCACCGAAGCAGACCUUCGGUCGAGAUUACCAGAGGAGAAGCGCAACAAGAAGCUGAAGCUGGAGCUCCAUUCUUGCGGUCAAGGCAAGCACGUAGUGGAAGACUUUAGCGCACUUCUUUCCAAGAGCAACCGCGUAAAGCUGCCAGACGGCCGGGCAGGCUUCAAAGGCAGCAAGCUCGGAUUCUCGCAGAUGGACGGAUCGAAACCGCAGGAGCUCAUUCUCGAAAGCGCCUUCAUCCAAACCAAGCUCCUGACGAGCAUCAAGGUGUACCAUGGCUUUGCGCUCGAUGGCAUUGAGUUCAUCUAUGAGGACUCCACAAGCCAACUCUUUGGCCAGAGGGGAGGUAAGCCAGGCGGAAGCGAGUUCCCGCUCGACACGCGGAAAGGGGAGACCGUGAUGGGGUUCCACUUGCGAGCAGGACUUUGGAUAGAUGGCCUACAGAUCUUGACCACCCUUGGACGGCGGAGCGAGAUGUUUGGGAACCCAACAGGCGGCAGCGCGCACACUCUGAUACCCCCACGCGGCUACGCCAUCGCCGGCAUCUCCGGCUCUCUUGCGGCAUGGGUCGAUGGCUUCUCGUUAAUCAUCACACGGUGA